AGAUAGAAUGCGUUGCUCCGCCUGUUGCAGCAGGCCUCCUCGCUACAGAUUCGCAAAGGGAAACGGAGAAAGCAUUUGAAAAGGAGUAGAAGGCGAUGUCCUCGACAGCAAAGAAAAAGAUUGUGGUAAAGGAGCGGGGCGGCUCUGAGACAGCGGCGGCCGUGGCAAGCGUGCAGAGUGCGUUUACGUCCGCGGCCCGCGCGACCAUGUGGCACGCCGACAGCAAUUCCGCUAGCGCAAACACUGGCACUGCCGCGGUGGUGGCCGCUCCGGCGUUAUCGGACGCACAGCCCGCCUACACCGCCGCCACCAACGCCCUCUGCGGCCGUCCAUUUGGCGCCACCCAACUCGAAAAUGCGUGGUCGAUCGCCGAGGCGAUGCCACACGUGUACGAGAGAGAGAAAUUGCUCCCCAGCUCGCCGCGGUGGGAGCUGGAGCGCACCGUGUACUCCCGCUUCUUAACCGCCCUCAUCUCGUCCACCGGCGCGCCCGCCCAAAGUCUUGUGAUCAGCACGGAAACGAUCGAGGAGGACGACUUCACUCCCCCUCGCGCAGCAGAUGCGUUGUACGAAGAGUGGCUCGCCUACGUGGCAGACCGCCGCAGCACCCCGCUCCUCUACCCUCAUCACACGCUGCUGUUCGAUGCCACUUCGCUGAUGGCACCGCACGCUACUACUGCUGAUGUUUCCUCCUCAUCGGCCUAUGUCCAGGUGGCCGCCGUCCUUCACCGUCUGCUCACGGCGUACCUGGAGCGGUGCUGCGAGCAGGAAGGCGGGAGAGACGCGACGGUGGCCGAGAAGGGCGUGCCGUCGCGCGUCUUUGCCAGCGUGCUCUACACCAGCGUCUACGACAACAACUUCAGCGGGCCGGCGGCGGAGCAGAAAGAUGCCACAUUUGGUUCAGCCGCACCGGCGAACCCAACCCCCGAGAAAACGACGGCCCCUGCUGGCCCACGCCGGUACGACAUGAUGUCCGUCAUUUCGUGCCUUGGCGUCUCGCACCUCUGCGUGUGUGUGGGGCGGCACUACUACAAGCUGAGCGUCGUGGACGAUCACAAUGGCCGGCUGCGCAGCGUAGGGGCCAUCGCAAGCGGGCUCGAGGCGAUCUGUCGCCACCACGUGGACCUACGGAAGACAGACCCCCUGCCCGGCGCCUCACCUGCGGUGCACCACGAUCGCAGUGCAAUGGAGGCGAUGCUGGCGAACCUUUCCUUGUUGAACGACGAAGACGCGUUCGACGUGCGGCGGCGCCUGCAGGACGCGAGUACGGUGAAUGCGUACUCGCUGGACACGCUUCAAGCGGGUCUCUGCACACUCGUAUUGAAAGGCAUCGACGAUGACAACACGACGACGGAAGAGGAACCCACGGCGCGGUGGCUGCACAGCGUGUGCUCCUUCGAGGUGUCUCUUCGUCAAACAACGCAGUGGCAAAUGCGCUUGUUGGCGGUGGUGGUGCCCUCUCAAGCUGGACUGGAGUGGAUUGCCCGUGCGAUGGCACUGCCAGCUGCACGUCCUGCUGCGCCUACUGUCGAACCUACACCGGCGGAGGAAGAGAAGCCGAGUGACUCCGCAGCGGGGCAGUUGCCUGCCGCGCACGCACUCUACCCACCAGCCCCCAGUACGCCCGUCGGCGAGGAGGGCCUCGCAGAGUAUUUGGAGCUGUGGCUGCCCGAAAAGCAUCGCGUUCCCCUGCGACCCUAUCCGGUACCGCGGUGGGAUCCCGAGACUACGCAGACCACCGUGGAGAACCCCUCGCCAGUCAAGGGUCUUACGGUAGAACAGUUUGUGAUGUCGCUGCUCCGCGUUCUUGUCGAGCUGAAGCAAAGCAAAUCGUGUCGCUCUGGCUCUCCGCGUAACGCGGGAGAGGAGUGGCCGCGCGUGGUGCUCGCGGUGCAGCCGGUUUGCGGCGGUGCCCCUACUUUAAUCACCCUCGAUUCUCCCGCCAUUCAACACUACUACCAGGUGCUGGCCGCCCGUCCGCUGUUGUUCGCUGCGGCAGCAAAACAGCGCAUUGAAGCGGAAGCCACGGAGGAAGUGCGUGCGGCGCUGAACAUCGCCUGGCACGCCGUCUCUACCGUGCGCACGCAGCCGCCGAGCGCAGCCGUGGCAUCGCCGUCGUCUUUGUGGGACGCGCUGGAAAGGCGGCCGGCGGAUUUGUGUGUUUCCUUCACGGUGCUCCCACGCGCAUCGACCGCGGCGCCGUCGACGGCGGUGCGCCGCGUCGUGUCGAGUCUCGCGCUCGCCAGCGCGUUGCUCGUCAACUGCACGGCACAACAAACGGCAGCAGAGACGCAUCCACGGGCCAGUGCCGCGCGUGUGGUGGACGCGGUCGUGCAGGCGAACUCACCGGUGUCGGUGGAAUUUUGCGGGGUUUUCAGUCGUGCCCUCGCCUCAUGUAAGCAGAAUUGA